UACUUUUUAUUCAUCAUCAAAAAAGAAUCCUCAAAAUUGUCAAAAAAAAAAAAAAAGAAUCCUCAAAACGAUCUAGGGCUCGAAGUCGUUUGGGUCUCUCCCUCUCGCUCUCUGCCGCGACGAAUCUCCUUCAAAACAGAGCCGAUUCGAACUUCCCUUCGGAUUUUUGUUGUCGUUUGCAGUCCAACCAUGUCGGUCGAAGAUGUGAGGUCUCGCAAAGAGAGAAUCUUAAGUGCAGCUAGAAAGGUUGUGGACAACGUAAACGCCAUGUCGUUUACAAAUUUAGAUGACCAACAAGUGCAUUCACUCAUGAUGAUGAGAGAAAUAGCACGUGGGAUUCUUUGUAACAGAGUUGAAAAGGUUUCCAAGAAUGAUGUGAACAAGGCACUAUCCUCAAGUAUUGAGAAGAUGGUGGGUUCGUGCAAGGAUGUUAACAGCAUUUUGAGUAAGAUACCUUGUGAAGGUAUGGAUGAUGAGCAGACACGGUCAGUUUCACGUAUGAAAGAGAUUGCAUCAACAAUUGUUACUAGACGUGCUAAAAUUACAACCUAUCGGCAUCGUGAACUUGUUGAAUCAGUGGAUAGAGUUGAUGCAGAGACUGUGGAGGGCAAAGUGGGUGGGGCCACGGCUACAAGCAACAAGGAUACGGAUAUUAAAAGGCUUCAAAGGAGAUUAUUUGAAAAUGAGGGGCCAGAAGCCAAAGCAGACACCAGAAAUGUAGAGGGUCGAAAUGAGAAUCAGGACAACACUAUAGACGGGCUGUCGCACUCGGGCAAUGGUGAUGUGAAUGUCCAAGUUGGAGCAGAACAAGGUAUCACAGUUGUUGAUGGAGAAACACACGCAGUGCAGUCUGGACAGAAUGAGGUGAUAAAAUCAAUUUUACUGUCACCCCUUCGGGUUUCUCUUAUAUGGCCUCCAGAUGGGAAAAUAAACUUGGAGUGGGUAAAGACUAUGAUGGAAAAACUUGUUCAAUCUAUAAAGACGUACCCACCAACAGUGUUUUGGUCUCUCAUGCCGAUUUCCGUGGUGGAUAAUUUAAUUGACGCUGCUUCAAGUAUCCUAUCCAAGGAACCAAAUUGUGUAGAAGUUGACUGCCGUGGAGAAGAUUCAAAAGUUGUUGUAGUGGGUGAUGUUGAGGGACAUUUCCACGAUUUACUCAACAUUUUUAACCUUGCCGGAUUGCCCUCUGAGAACCAAUUUUAUGUGUUCAAUGGAAACUAUGUAGACAGGGGAGCAUGGGGCGUGGAGGUGUUUUUGGCCUUGCUAGCUUGGAAGGUAUUGAUGCCUAAUAGAGUUUAUCUCCUACGUGGAAAUCAUGAGACCAAAUUUUGUACAUUGAUGUAUGGUUUUGAGCAAGAAGUGAAGGCCAAAUAUGGUGAUCAAGGUGAAAUGGUCUUUAAUAAAUGCUCGGAAUGCUUCAAAGAGCUUCCUCUGGCCUCAAUUAUAGCAGGUUGUGUAUAUACCACUCACGGAGGGCUUUUCAGAAGCACGCAGUUGCGAAGGUCUAAGAGAAAGAGAGCACAGAUUCUGGAGUUAGGUUCUCUAGAAGACUUGUCUAACAUGAAUAGGUUUCUUAUAGGUGCUUCGUUAGAAGAUUCGAGUAUUUUGACUGAUAUCCUAUGGUCAGAUCCAUCAAAGGAAGAUGGUCUAUUUGAAAAUGCUGAUAGAAGAAUGGGCCUGUCAUGGGGUCCUGAUUGCACUGAGACUUUUUUAAAAGAAUCCAAAUUAAAGUUGAUCAUAAGAUCACAUCAAGGCCCUGAUGCGAGGGCUGGUCAGGAUGAGUUUGGAGACAUGUUAAAUGGGUACAGCUUGGAUCAUGAUGGCGAAUCAGGGAAAAUGUACACUUUGUUUAGUGUGCCAGAUUACCCGCAGUUCGGUGAACCAAAGUAUAACAAUGAAGGGGCAUAUGCUGUGCUGAAGCCUCCAAAUUUUGAAACUCCAUCUUUCCAUUCCUUCAAAGCCGUAGAAAGGCCAAAGAGUUUGGUUUUGUGGUAAUGAGGCAUGAGUUUGAGCACUAUCCCAAGCAUAUGAUUCGUGAUGUGAAGAGGUGGG